AUGGCGACGAAAGCAGCGUACAAGCGACUCACCCGCGAGUAUCAAAACAUUCAAAAGAAUCCUCCGCCAUACAUUGUGGCGCAUCCAUCGGAGUCCAACAUUCUCGAAUGGCAUUAUAUUCUCACUGGUCCUCCCGGAACACCUUACGAGAAUGGUCAAUACUGGGGCACAUUGAUGUUUCCUCCCGAGUACCCGUUUGCGCCCCCGGCAAUCCGUAUGCACACUCCAAGUGGCCGGUUUCAACCUUCGUCUCGCCUGUGCCUUAGUAUCAGUGACUUUCAUCCCAAGUCCUUUAAUCCAGCCUGGGAGGUUUCCACCAUUCUGAUCGGGCUUCUAUCCUUCAUGACUAGUGAAGAAAUGACAACCGGUAGUGUCAGUGCCUCAGAGGCGGAACGGAGAGUGUUGGCUGCGCGCUCAAGGUGGUGGAACUCUACAGGUGGAGGUUCUCACAUCAGCGCAACCCCGGGAGUGACUCCCACAGCGAGGGGAAUCAACAAUGUGAAGGCUGGAGAUGGCGGCUUCAAGUUCCGCAGCGAAUGGCCGGAGCUAGAUCAAGAGAAUUGGCAAUGGAUGAGAGAAAACCGCAUUGAUACGAACACUGGGCAACUGAUACCCGACCCUAACUCCUCAGUCACAAAGUGCUCUCCAGAGACAAGCGCACUCCGCAGGCGUCCAAACGCCAGCGCGCCUGGACUUGGCGCGGUAAUGGAGGGUGGCCAGGUCGCACGAGAAGCAGGUCAGAGCUGGGCUCGUCGAAACAAAAUCUGGAUUGGUCUCGCCCUCAUAUUCGGCUACGCACUUCUUACCAGGCUGGUCAACGAUGUUCAAGGUUGA